UGUAACGUUCUUGAUCCAGCAGACGAGACUAGACUGUGUCAUGUUGUGAAUAUAGAGAAGAACGUCAUUUGAAAUCAUUUUUGUUUUAUUAAACUUAACUUUAAAUAAAUCGGUCUGAGCGACUGUGGUAGCAAAAUGUAUAAACAACCGUCACAAGGCAGUAGAGCGUCAUCUCCAGCUUAUGUUGACACUUCAGGGGCCAGUCAUUACGUCCACCCCGCUUCAUUCAGAGGUCCAUCUCCUUUACCGUCCCCAGCCAAUUUGAGAACAGGAUGCCUUUCAGCUGCAGCAAAACGAUACAAAUUCAUACGAAAGCUUUGCCACUUCCAGCAAAUGGAUUUCGAAUAUGCCCUCUGGCAAAUGAUUUACCUGUUUAUUUCCCCACAGAAAGUAUACAGAAAUUUUCAUUACAGGAAAAGUUCAAAAGCUCAGUUUGCCAGAGAUGAUCCAGCAUUUUUGGUAUUAUUGGGGAUGUGGUUAUGUUUUUCAUCAAUGGUGUUUGCAUUUUUCAUGGAUUUGUCAAUCUUCAGCUUCUUCAAAUUCCUUAUUUACACCAUCUUCAUUGACUGCCUUCUAGUUGGAGCAGGGAUUGCAACAGCCAUGUGGUUUGUGGCCAACAAGUUGAUGAUGAAACCCACUGUCAGAGGUGAGGAUGUCGAGUGGGGUUACGCAUUCGACGUUCACCUUAAUGCCUACUUUCCGGCAUUGAUUAUCUUACACGUCGUUCAAUCUAUUUUCUAUCAUGUUCUCAUCAGCCAGGAAUGGUUUACAGCAACGUUCGUCGGUAACACUCUGUGGUUGAUUGCUGGCGGCUAUUACGUCUACAUCAAUUUCCUUGGAUACAGCUCUCUACCCAUCCUACACAAGACGCGCGGACUUCUCUAUCCAUUCUCCGUCUUGUUUCUGAUCUACAUCGUCAGCCUUGCCUGCAACUGGAACGUUACGCAUACGCUGAUCAACUUUUAUCACGCCCGAGUCCACGUGAUAUGAAGGGGGGAAACAAAAGUAUGUCCUUUUUUUGUUUGUUUCAACCUUUAAUUUCUCUACAUUAUAUAUUCCGUUGUUUACGUAAAACAACAACAACACCUGUGGUCGCUUAUCCUCUUUUGUUUGUUGCUAAAAGGUGAAAAACACAUACUUGUAAUAAGAUUGAAAACAAAAACAAAAAUAAAAGUUGUGUUUUGCCGAA